GCUCUUUUCUUUUGUAUACCAUCAGUUUCAACCACUCAUGUCUUUUCCCUUUUCUUUCCAUUUGGAUUCGCUAGUCAACUACAACCUACUAUAUAACAAGUAUACCUCCGUGUUGCCAUUCUCACCCCAAUCCAAAGAUAAAACAAUUUUAGCAUCAAUCUCGAGGGGUACAUAGUUACUUGCUACUUCGAGAGAGGAAUUAAUAAUGGAUAGCGAGGAAGUACCAUCAGUACCUUCCACUCCUGCAACACCAGGGACUCCUGGUGCUCCUCUUUUUGGUGGCCUCAAGUUUGACAAAACUAAUGGUGUUGUUAGGAAAUCAUCCUUCCUCAAAAGUUGCAAAUGUUUCAGUGUUGAAGAAUGGACCUUAGAAGAUGGAGCCAUGCCUAGAGUCUCUUGCUCUUUACCAGCCCCUCAUAUCCCUCUAGCAAAAAAGGUUGGAGCUGAGUUUAUUGGCACGUUCAUUCUCAUGUUUGCAGCAAUAGGCACUGCUAUUGUGAACCAAAAGACACAUGGCUCAGAGACUCUGAUUGGUUGUGCUGCCGCUAAUGGACUUGCCGUCAUGAUCAUAAUAUUUUCCACCGGACACAUCUCUGGGGCUCAUCUAAACCCCGCUGUCACCAUUUCAUUCGCUGCAUUAAAGCACUUCCCGUGGAAAAAUGUGCCGGUGUAUAUUGGUACACAAGUUUUGGCAUCAAUAAGUGCUGCAUUUGCUCUGAAAGUGGUUUUUCAUCCGUUCAUGAGCGGUGGAGUGACGGUCCCUUCGGUAGGAUAUGGCCAAGCAUUCGCCACAGAGUUCAUUGUCAGCUUUAUUCUUAUGUUCGUUGUCACUGCAGUGGCCACCGACACAAGAGCUGUGGGAGAGCUCGCGGGAAUUGCAGUGGGAGCCACUGUCAUGCUCAACAUACUCAUAGCCGGGCCAGCAACUGGAAGUUCAAUGAACCCUGUUAGAACACUGGGUCCAGCAAUUGCUGCAAACAACUACAAGGGUAUAUGGCUCUAUCUCCUUGCUCCCAUACUUGGAACUCUAUGUGGGGCAGGUGCCUACACUGUGGUCAAGCUCCCUCAAGAAGAUACAAAGCCACCUUCUGCUCCUGCUGGCAGCUUCAGAAGGUGAUGCUCAUAUAUAUAUAUGCUUCCCCAAAUUCACCAUCUCAUCAUGCAAUGCACAUCACAAAACCAACUCAGAGUCAGCCAUGUAUGCAUGCAUGAUGAUAUAUAUGAAUAUGAAUAUUGUGGGAAGCAACCAAAGAUGAGCACUGUUUGCUGCAUGCACGUUCGUACGUAUAUUAGAUUAUAUAUUUGCGUACGUUCAGAUGCAUCGAUUGUGUACUUUAAAAUAUCCAAGGACAAAAUCAGCUAGUGCUGCUGUUUUGUACAUGCAUCUGUUGCUGUUGUACGUCGUCAUAUUAAUAAAUAUAUUUUAAAGAUAUUAAAUCAGUAGAAAAAUAAAAGUAGCAA